CUGGUCAACUUGCUCCCUCCAAAACACGUGCUCAUGUGCUUUUUAUCUCUCUCGAAAAUUUGACGUUCGGUUUGGUGCGCGUUGAGUGAUUUUUUUCUCGACUUCUACCCUGUGCAGGAAAAGUGUGGAUUUACUUGGGGAGGAAAAACAGAUAAAUAAUUGGCAAAAUUUUGAGGCGUGUUGGUGAGAUGUGGCUGGGGGCGCAGGGUGGUCUGAAGGACCUCCCCGGCUAAGAUCAACACAUGGCAAUGAGACCACCUCCGCAUGUAGCCCUCCUCAUCGCCUAUCUUAUAGUAUUGCACAGAACAUCAGUGGGACGUGAGGAUGUCGGCGGAGGGCUGGACCUUCUCAGCGUGUUGCAGCUCCACAACUCGACACGCCAAGGCGUCUCCGUCACACCCGGAAUUCACGGACUCACACCCGCCUUCUACCUGCAGGGUAGCUACAGAGAUCUCAAGCUCCCUGAGGUCGGAUAUAGACAGGCUGUGACUUUACUCCAAGACUCCUCCGAAUUCACUCUAAGCGCUUCAAUUCGCCAAGAACUGGCGAAUUCCGGGACACUGAUCGCCUUUUCACAAGGCGUAAACAGGUAUUUGGAACUGCAAUCCAGCGGUAGAAAGGACGAGGUGAGACUGCACUACACCUCAAGAACUGACUCGGCUGUCCAUGUAGAAACGUUUCCGUAUCGGCUGGCCGAUCGUACGUGGCACAAGGUGGCCCUGUCAGUCAGCGGUUCGCAGGUUCAACUUCUCGUAGACUGUCAUCCUGUUUACAGGAGGGUACUGGUCCGACCCCUUGACACCAACUUUACGUUGCCGCAGCUCUCCCUUUGGGUCGGACAAAGAAAUAACAGGCAUUCCCUGUUCAAGGGAGCGCUGCAAGACGUGCGCAUCAUACGGGGCGUGCACGGCUACCUCAGCCAAUGUCCACAGCUGGACACGUCUUGUCCAACUUGUGGUCAGUUCUCGAGCCUUCAGGCGACCAUUGAAAGCCUUUCGAAUAGGCUUAGUCAAGUGACGGCGAGGCUGGAAGCAGCGGAAUCUCGCAUUUCUGCGGUUGAAGUGUGCGAUUGUAUAAAAUCCUGUCCAGUCAACGGUACAGUCAGGGCCGACGGAGCGUCGUGGCAAGUCGAUUGUGAUAUCUGUUCCUGCGUUCACGGAGAGAUCGAGUGCAGGCCCGUGCAAUGUCCAAAGGUCAAUUGCAAGAAACCCGUUCUGCACCCGGGACAGUGUUGUCCGACCUGCCUCAAGCAAUGCUACCUUCGAGGGACUCUGUACGAGCACAGCGAAGUAGUGAGUUUGAAACAGUGCGUUCAGUGCGAGUGCCAUGACGGAUCCAUGCACUGCACGAGGAUCGACCCUGAGACCAUGUGCCCAUCUCUUGAGUGUUCGGAAAGCGAACAAUUUAGUGUACCUGAUGAAUGCUGCAAAUUUUGUCCUGGAGUUGACUACUGCAGUAAGGGUCAUGAUUGUCAUGACAAUGCCACCUGCCUUAAUUUGGAAACGAGAUACGCUUGUCAUUGCAAUACAGGCUAUAAAGGAGAUGGGUAUGAUUGUAAAGAUAUUGAUGAAUGCCUGAACCAGGGAGGGUUAGAAGGACAUCACUGUCAUAGUAAUUCUCAGUGCAAAAAUACUGAAGGGAGUUAUGAGUGUGAAUGUUUACCAGGUCAUCGGAGGGUUGAUAGAUUUAACUGUGCUGAGAUUGAUGAAUGUGCAACAGAUGCACACUCUUGUGAUAAACAUGCAACUUGCAUAAACACCCAAGGCUCAUAUCACUGCACCUGCCAAGAGGGUUACACCGGUGAUGGGUACUCCUGCACUCCUGUCUGUGAAUUGCCUUGUGAGAACGGUGGCACCUGUAUAGAUGGAGGCAUAUGCUCCUGCCGGCCGGGGUACCAAGGCAUCUCGUGUGCUGAAGAUCUCAAUGAAUGUUCGACUGGUUUACAUUCAUGCGAUAAUUCUUCCCUUUGCGUAAAUAUGCCAGGAUGGUAUUACUGCACAUGCAACAAAGGAUAUCAACCUUCCUUCCCCCAUAUCCAACACCAAAAACUUUGUCAAGACUUUGACGAGUGUACUUCGGGGAAUCAUACAUGUCAUGAGAGCGCAUUGUGUGUAAAUUUAGACGGAGGCUACAAAUGCAUCUGCCCUCCUAAUCUUGAUAAUACAACUGACUGUAAAUUGAGCUGCAUAGUUAAGGGAUUUGGCGAAAUACCCGAUGGUGAGUCAGCACCUUCAGCCGAUUGUGAAACGUGCGUGUGCAUCGAAGGCCAAUUGGUCUGCACCCAGAGGUCCUGCAAUUGUUCCUCUAAUCCACCCCCACAUUGCUGCCCCCAUUGUUACCCAGCCACAUACUGCACACAUCAGGAGUUUGCCCAUGUCAAGUUUGCAUCAGGAGACAAAUGGAUAUACCAGUGUCAAACCUGUGAAUGCCUUAUGGGUGAAAUAGACUGUUGGGAGGUGGAAUGCCCACCAGUCUGGUGUGAUUCAACCAUAUUAUCGACAAGCGAUUGCUGUCCGAGGUGUCCAUCUGAUCCACCAUGUAAUAUGAGCAGUGGUGGUUGUAGAGCAGGCCCAGGUAUUCCUGGCCGCUACUUCCAACCCGGGCCAUGGUCAGACAUCAACACCUGUUCAUCAUGUAACUGUAAGGUGCCGUUUUGUGACCUUUUGGUGAGCAAUUCUGCGUUUUGUGUGCAUCGGAGGGUGAAUUAUGCUGCAGCCUUGAUUCUGGGUGUGAAGGGCCUACUUGGACUUGCACCGUUUCGGCUUCAUCUUCUUUAUAUCGAAAGGGAGUACCUCACUUUGAUUCUACUCCUGUUUGCAGUCGCAACUGUAGUCAGAAUAUAAGCGGCUAAUACUUCCUUCAGAAAGAAACCAACUUCUAGUCCAUUCAGGUUGUUUUAUAAUAUAAAUAUCUCAUUUUAGAUAUUUGUAAAUAGUUUGUUAAUAAGGGCCAAGGUUUGUUUUUUGAUUUAUUUUCUUAAAUACAUUCAUUUGUCUGUGUUUUGUAAAAAGUAAAACGGUGUAAUAACAGAAGCUUGUUAUCCUAAUAAAAUGUUUGAGACUGACUAGAGGUACAGCUGUUUAUUACGUGGAAUGAUAAGUAUUGAGAAGAACAAGAACAAUUUUUCGCUUUCUUAAAAGAAAAUAAAUCUGUUAAAUAAAUAGUUAAAUAAAAAUAUUUAAAAAAACGGAUAAGCUGUACCUACCGUGUACUGUGUACCUACUGCUUUUGAUAUCAUUACAACAUGUCUUCCAACAUAAUGAUGAAACUGAUUUUAGUAAUCGGAUAUUUAUUGAUUGUAAUAGACUUUGCGCUUUUGCCAUUAUGUAAAAAAAAUGGUUUGCCUUGUAAUUGCAUAAAUUUGUCUGAUAUUGCCUAACUCUUUACAGUCAUUGAAAUUUGUAACCCGUAGUCAUUGUACUGUUAAAAAGCCUAAGAAAUCUAAUGAUAAUUAAACAAAAACGUAUUAUUUUCAACAACUAAAUAUUUAUAGUCAAUUUGAGAAAACUUAUAGUUUUUACUUUAUUAGAAUAUAUAUUA